GCAUUCCAAAUGUGGCCCAUGAGAACAUUGCAACAUAUUGUGACAGAUUUAAAGCAUCGGCUUUAAAUUUGAAUGCAGUUUUGUGAGGUGAUACAGUGUAGUUCAGUGAAAAGAAUUUUGUAAUCAAAAUGUAUUUAACAUUAGUGGUGAUGGCUCUUUGCAUAUCGUAUUCUUAUACAGAAAAUAAUAAUACAGUUACAAAUAUUAAGUCAUCCACGAAUACAAAACAGUCAACUGGCUGCGCCUGCGCCAUAUUUUUAAGCGGACAAUUUAAGAAAGGCAGCAAGGAACAACCCAAAGGAUAUCCUGCACUUAUCCAUGAAUAUCCUGAUCCAAUUUCAUGUACUACUAUUGGGAACAAACUUUGUGUCAACAAAUGUCUUGAAAUUAUAGUGAAACAUUUACCAAACAGUCAAGCAGUUCUAUGUGCUUCUAUCGAUCGUGAUUGUCACAAAGAAAGAGUGAGUACAUGUAUACACAAGUUAAUUUUUAUCAUAUCUUUAUUUGAAAUUAUGAACAUUAUUUUGUGUAUUGAAAUCAUAUCAUCUUAAUAUUUUUUUACAGGCUUAUCUUUUUUUCAAAAAUUGUAAAGAUGAAUGGAUAAAUACGAAUCUGUCAGCCGGUAGAGAAUAUUGCUGCAAAGAUGGCAUGCCAUAUAAAUGUUAAUUAACAUGUAUUUAUAGGAUAGCAUUUUUGCAUCGAAAUGACUUCAAUUUUUAUAUUAUACUUUGUAAUCUUGACAAUUUAAACAAUUUUUAAUAAAUACAUUCGCUUAAUACUUAUACUUUGAAUAUCCCACCAUUUGUCUAAAUAUAGCUUGAAGAUCAUCAGAUACGCUCCAUAAAGACACGCAGGAAUUCAACACGAAUAUCUCAAACCAUCACCGUCCUUCUAUAUUUAGACUUCGAGAUGUGAGAAUUUUGUGUACGCGGUAUCAGUGCAGAAUCUAUAAUUCAUAAAAUUUGGAAUUAGAGUGAUCGUUGGUUAUUAAGGCACAUCCUGAACCUCAACUUUAAAUUACUAAAUCAAAUUCAAUAUAGCCCCAGGAAUUUCAAUCAGAUUACACUAUGUCAGUUUUAAAUUACACGAUCGUACUGUUUAUUGUUGCAACUUCACGACCUCACAGCACUUGGUCAACUAUCUUGAAAAUAUUAAAAACAAGCAGUAUAGUGGUAUAGUUAUAAACGCAAAAAUAUGCCACGUUUUAUAGAAACUGUCAAAGUUGCGCAACAUAUGAUUAGAAAAAAAUAUCAGCUUCCGUGGUAAUAAAAUAUAUAUGCAAAAUGUGUGCACGAGUCCUGGCAUGUCCGCUGUGUUCGCAACCUGGAUUUCUAACGCUUGACGCGCUACGAGCUGGACUUGUAAGUGUAGCGACUCGACCCUUAAUAUGUCCUGUCUGUAAUGAAGUAUUGUUAGGCAUAGAUAAAUUAACUAUACAUUUAUUUGGUCACACGAUCAAUCUGAAUAAUGCUACAGCAGAAUCGUCUAAAUCUACAGACAUCGCUGCUACCGAUGAGCAUCUAAUCGCUAUCCACAAUGCACACAACAUUGCACCGCAGGACUGGAACAUAUUGAAGCAAUUAGAUAAAGUUGAAAGUGGUAACAACAAAACUUACACACCAUCAGAUUCUAAUGUGCCGAAUGUAGGAAAUAUUCCUGCUAUAGAUUCCCAGCCUAAAAUGCAAAACCUAGAUUCAUCAACAAAAGGCACGAGUCAAUCUAGUUUCGUAUCAGAUUACAAUCGUGACGUGAUUAAAGUGAACAUUCUUCCGCAAUCAAAUGAGAAUCAUAACACAGUCCAGAAAGUAAUCACAAAUCUGCAACAAGAAACAAAUUGUGUGAUGCAGUAUUUUUGUAAUGAUAUCAAACAUUUGAAUGUAUCCCAGGAAGCUAUGCAGGCGGAGAAAACAGCUAUUUCAAAUUUAAUUAUUGCAACAAAGGUAGCAGGAACUGUGGACACCAACAUCUAUCAAGAUAUUGAAAAGGAAUGUACUGAAUCGAACAGUAGUCAUCGUGUCUUAAAAGAAAAACUGAUAACAGAUUUAAUUGAGAAAGAGCAUGACCUUCCUAAUUUUCAAUCAGUCCAGAAUAUAAUUGCAAGUGUCUGUGCGAGAAUACUCGAAACAAAUGCCGGGGAUCAAAAUCAAAAUUUAGAACACGAGCAAAUAUUAUCUCACACACAAACAAAUGCCAAAACUAUCCGUAUGAUAGCACCGAAGGAAAAAACGGAAAGAUGUAAUUUAUGCGGCUUUUACUUUCCUGACACCAAUAUUUUAGCUUUACACGAAAAAUUAGUGCACGAGCAGGACUCAAGCAAUAAUCUAGAGAAAGUUCUUAAGAAUUACUCUUGCUAUCUGUGUUCUAAGGUGUUCAAAAUGAGAGGCAGUUUAAUGGUGCAUAUGAGAGUAGCCCACAUUGGACAUAAUUCAGGUUCUUUUUCUAAAGGUAAUCAAAAUGAAGUCACCUGCGGCGACGUUGGAUACGCGUGUCCCACAUGUGGAAAGAAAUUCAAAAAAGAGCAACAUGUGAUACAACAUUUAAAGACUCACGAGGGGAAACAAUGGGAGUGUGAUACUUGCAGUAAAAUGUUUACGACGAAAUAUUUUUUGAAGAAGCACAAACGACUGCAUUCGGGAGAAAUGCCUUACAAAUGUAAAAUAUGUGACAAAAGCUUCACCUUCCAGCAAUCAUAUCACAAGCACAGACUUUAUCACAAGGAUGAUAAGCCGCACACCUGCGCGACUUGCGGUAGAUCGUUCAAGGAACUCUCCACGUUACAUAAUCACGAAAGGAUUCACACCGGAGAGAAACCAUUCGCCUGCGAGACAUGUGGAAAGUGUUUCCGUCAGCGUGUUUCGUACUUAGUCCAUCGUCGAAUUCACACAGGAGUGAUGCCUUAUAAAUGCACAAUGUGUGGUAAAAGCUUCCGAUACAAGGUGAGUCAAAGAACCCAUAAAUGUCCUGUACAAACUUCAGGCAGCACACAGCAAUUGACAUCUGAUACACAAGAGGCUGAUAACAGCACAAUCAGGUCACAGGUCACUGAUACCCUGCAAGAAAAUCAAUCAAUAACAAAUACCGCCGAUGAGGAAAAUAAGUUCGUUUUGAUAAUAAAUGCUCAAGGACAACCUGUUUUAGCGUUGCAAUCAGAAAUAAAUAACAUAUCCUCUGAAAGAAAGGAACAAGGCAUUAAAUUUACAAAUACCAGCAAUACUAACGAAGAUCUAAAGAGCAAGACAUGGGGUGACGAUCUCAAUAGUACGGGACUAAAGGAGUCAGCGGAAUUAAUUGAAAGAGUACAAUCGAACAAUGAAAAGAUAGAUGCAAAAAGCACGAACGAUUUCUUUUCCAUAGUGAUGUCACCUCUUGAAACUAGCAUAUCAUCUUCGACGUUUGAAAUGGAGCACUUGAGAGUAUCUUCGCCUAAACAUAAAGAGGAUCCGAUAGAUUCUUACACCGACUUGCCACAGGUUUCUGGAAAUGUACAAAUGAAUUUAGAGCCAGACAUAGAGCAAAACUUUAGCCAUAAUAAGGAUGUCACAGAGUCUCUGCAAACCAUAAAUGAAGAAUCAUUGAAAGAAUUGCUAUAUGGUAUGGAUAGAAGAUGAAGCAAAUAUACACUUACAACUUAAGUGGCUCCUAGAUAAUCAAUAUAUUAUUGCAAAAUAUUAUUGAUUGUCUAGAGAUUUUAGACUAUUUGUUUUAAAUUAUUUAAAAGAGGCAUUAAUAAAAUUGUUGUACAAUAUUGAGCAUCUAAGGACUGUUUUAACAGUACAAACUACAGCAAAACUCCAUUUAUCUAAAUAUGUUGAGGGACAAGAUAAUUGGCGCCAUUCUAUCUUUCUAUCUUUCAUGGCAAUGAUUACAAUGUUAACAAAGCAAACUUAUGUGGAUUUGUAUGUAUCCCCAAAUAAAAAGUAUUGAAGAACUCAA